AUAUAUAAAUGAAAAGGUUUCUUUUACUUUUGUUCAAUCAAAGACACACCCACGUAUGCACAUCCUGUUGAGUGACCCAAAACCUAUUCAAGCUGUUUAACUGUGUUGUGUUUCCUUCAAAAACUAAGGUUAUUGUUCCUUUGUGUGGUUAACUUGUGGUUAAAGGCGUUAGAAAUCAGUUUUACUCGAUCUUAUAAACAAUGUUUUGCAUUAAAAUCAGUUACAUCUUUGAAAAAGCAUGCGCAAAUUUAGUAACAUUUGCGGUAGAAGUAGGUAAAUUUUCCUAGCUAAUUGUGGCCAACAGAAAAGUUAAAUAACUUGGUACAGUAAGGCUUAGGCUCUCUUGCACCUUAUUUGGUCACGAUUGUGAACAUGUUUUUUCUGAAAACCACACAAUCUGUUUGUUUUCUAAACCCGACUUCCGUGAUCCGUUCCUCCCUAUAAUUCGUACUACUCUCAGCUCUCACUUGUAAUCAAGUGACCCCAUUAGUACAGCACAUGUUUACCAGCCCUUAUAAGGGGUUCCGCUUCACCUUGCGCCAAAUUUGGUUAUGCUGUUGAUCUAUAUACGCCCAUAAUCACGAGCUCAAGACGUGUGGCUAUGACUUCCUGAGUGAGAGAGCGGGAACCUGAUACGUGACGCGCUGUUCUUACGCAUAAGGGUAUUAGAACAAUUAACUUUAAGCCGCCUCAAAGGUCUCUCAUUGUUUUGCAAGCUGGAGUUCACCAAGUAUGCAAAAUCAAUUAGGGUUGCAUGAGCUGCGUUUAUGGAUUUUAUAGGAGAAUUGAGUUUGCCAUCGCUGGGAGCGAGUCUAUAUACAACGUAAUUUUCUUUAGUUUAGAGUUUAGUAUCGAAGUGAAUUCAAAGAGCCGAUUAUGUUAAUUAAAUAUUGAUUGAUGCUUGUGUCACUCACUGAACUCCAGUGUCAUGUCAAACAGAAACGACAAUAGGAUACACACGAUCGGGGGCUACGGAUCUAAUCACGAUCAAAUUUUAAAAGACGGUGAUUUAAACAAUCAGGAAAUGUUCCUGUUGACAUGGGAUAGAUUAGGCUUAAAAAUGACAACAAGUGUUUUCAAAACAGGCGUGGGAUAAUUCGUUAAGAGACAACACCAAUCUCGAAUCUUUUUGUGUUUGUGGGGAUUGUACAUGAUGUGUAUUGAUACGUCAUUUCCGAUUAACAUUAACUUCACUUUUUUAAUUUUUCUGGAUCGAAAAGUUACGUUAUGAAAACUUCUCUCAGAUUCUGUGUAGUUGUUCAAACAUGCUUAUUUUGUCAGUCACACACUGUCACACAAAUUUUCUCGAUUUUUCACGGAUAGUUCGUGAGCUAUCCGCCCUUGGAUAAAGAAAAAGUAAUCCAACUUUUUAACCCUCGGAUCACAUUGAUAAGUGAUAGCGAAUUUAAACGUCCUAAAUGCAACCACAAUAUGACUUGGUGUCGACCGCACGGCGCCAAGCUGUGUAAAACUGUCCAUCAAAAGACUUGAGGAAAAUUUGCUCAGCUCUUGUUUUGGGAAGUUGUGGUCGAACCAAAUUCCAAGCGAUCUUCCCUAACAAUUGUUUUCGAACGUCCGAUCGCUUUCUCUUUAAUUGUCGAUAUUUCUAGCUUAUCACCAAGUGAAAGUAAGGUAGAUGGUUUGGUUAGCUGAUUCGGGAAGCAGUGUUAUGAAUCAGCUGGACCACAACACAAAGCAUUCUUUCAGUUUCGCGCCACUGUGGAAAAUAUUAUCGAUCAUUUGCGAUUACCCUGUAAUUAGUUGUGGAGUAGUCUUGGAGCGUAAUACGGAAGUCGGCGUGGGAAGGACCCGAGUUUCGGAAAGCUUUUUUAAGGUUUCACGUCUCGGUUUACAUGAAAAUCCUAUGGCGUCCGAUUUAACCCGAUUGAAGUUUGAAUUCUCCGCAAAGUGGCGCCGUGAAACCUCAGUUCUUCAAUGGUUAACACUUGACAGCUUUUGUUGUCUUUUGUCAUCUGCCUCUGUGCUGAUUGGCUAGCCCGUAUGUGAUAGACAAACCGUUUGUGUAUUUGACACGCAUGACACGAAGUAAACAGUGUGCGUAGAUUGGAGAAAAAAAUUCUAUCAUGUCUUCAGAUGGGCCUCAGUGAGCGGGGUAAAGCGGAGGGCACAAUGGUUAGCGGCGAGAGUACGUCUCUAGUCGACUUCGUUAAAAUGACUAACCCCGGUUUAUUUGAUUUCCAGGACGAGAUACACUCGUUCAUCGAAGCCUUGCUUCCUCAUGUAAAGGCUUUUGCCUAUACGUGGUUUAAUUUGCAAGCAAGAAAGCGAAAGCACUACAAGAAGCAUGAAGUGCGAAUGACUCCUGACGAGGAGAGAAGGUGCAAAGAAGAGCUAGAUGCUGAAGCCCCUGAAGUGAAGCAAAAGUGGGCUUCAAGGCUUUUGGCAAAGCUGCGAAAGGACAUUCGCCAAGAAUGCAGGGAGGACUUUGUGAUGUCAGUCGUUGGAAACAAACCCGGCUCGUCGUGCCGUUGCGUCAUUUCCAACCCUGAUCAGAAGGGGAAAAUGAGGCGCAUAGACUGCCUUCGCCAAGCUGACAAAGUAUGGAGAUUAGAUCUGGUGAUGGUGAUUUUGUUCCGAGGCAUUCCUUUGGAAAGCACGGACGGCGAGCGUUUGGGCAAGUCGCAGCAUUGCCAGAGUCAGACUCUGUGUGUUUUGCCUAACCAUAUCACGGUGACAGUUCGAGAACUGGAUCUAUUUCUAGCAAACUUCAUGUGUAAUCGAGAGCACAAACAGGAUUCCAACAGUCCCGUUCGAAGUUCUGGCGAUCCAGAUUCUCACCAAAGUGAACAGAACAUAUAUGCCAUAAACACAGCAAAUAGAUUGUGACAUUUCAUCUUAUGUUGUUAGUAUCAACUGCAAGCUUCUGCACUAGAAGAUUGUGGGUUUAGUUUUCGCAAUUUACCUUAAUUUGUCAUGAGAAGUGAAAAGCCUGCAGUGUUAAUUAAUUAUUUGAGGCACUUGUGGAGAUCUAGAUCAUUCCUUGUUUCGUUGCUCAUGCGUUGUUCGUGUUUUGUUUGGUGUAAUCUGAAAACUGAUGAAGCUACAGGGAUGCAGGGUUAAGGGGAUUUAUAAGUUAGGUUGUGUUUUCAAGACAUGAUUUUCAUGACCUUGGGGGCGUUUGUGUGGUUGAAGAGGAUACGAGCCGUUUCUAAUCGUGCGUGCACGCGGGAAACACUGAGUUAUGUAACUUAACUAUUAUAUGAAUCAAUAAUAAAAAAGAAGUUACUUUCACUUAUUUAUCAGGCUACCGCUUUCUCGAUACUUUGGGUUGGACUAGGGCAACGAGUGUCUCGUGUUUUGCGGUCAUGAAGCCAAGGGGA